AAGGAAUGGGAAAAAUGGGAAGAUCCAGUGCAUAACCUACGUUUCUUUGUCCACAAAUUUUUGCUCACCUUCACUAGUAGGAGGUGUUGUAAAUCAAUGAACACUAUAAAAGAAAAAAGCUAAUGGAUUAAAUGGAAUCAGCAUAAAUCCACGGUGAAGAAAAUAUUGUAAAAAUGGCUGAAUCAAACGUUCCUCUCAAACCCUUGAACAAGGAGUUUGUAGAUGAAAAAUUAGCACUAGAAAUAAUUGAAGUGUUUCCCAGCAUUUCACCCGAUUACUUGAGAAAUAUUUGUGCAGCUAAACAAUGGUCACAAGAUACUUUCAAAGAAAUGAUAGCCACAAUUUUGACCACAGAAAAUGUUCCCAUAAGACCUGAGAGACUGGUUUCGAAAGGAAUUGAUCCCCAACAGCAAUUGGCCAAGCUCAAAUCAAUUUUCCCUGACGCAGAUCCGACAUAUUUGAAACGAAAAGUUAACGAAUUAAUUGGCAACAAAAACUAUCCCACCAUGAAGGAGUGUUUGCAAUUAUCUGACCAACAUAAACAGUAUACAUCUGAAUUCAAUGUGGAAAAGUUUGUGGAAAUUUUUCCAGAUCCGGUAGCUUUUUUUGAAGAUCCUAACCGAAAAAUUAAUAUUGAAACUGAUGACAAGUACUACAUCAAAUGGUUCCUGAGAAAGAAAUACAGCCAACUCUAUGUCAAAGACAUUAAUUAUGCUGUUGACUUUGCUGGAAAUACUAAUAUUUUUGCUAUGGUAAACUAUUUAGAAAAACGCCUUAAAGACGGUAUAACGAGCUCAGUGAGAGUGACCACCACUACUAUGAGUGAGACCCCCAUACAAAACAUACCAUUGCUUCAGGAACUUGCCUACUUUGAGCAUAAAGAAGAAAUACUGAGGUAUUUGGAGGAAAAAAAUGAUCAAGCAGCAAAACAUGAACUGGAAACCAAACAAAUGGGUCUUAUGCAUUAUUGUAGCUGCUGUUUCGACGAUCAAGUUAUGCCGUUAGAUAUUCUCACUUGCACUGGAGGCUGUAGAUUCUGCAGAGAAUGUAUCAAACGUAGCUCCGAAAUAGCUUAUGGUGGUGGCAAAAUUAAUUUCCCUUGUCUUAAUAAUGGGUGCGACGAGGAAUUCGGUUUACAGGUGCUACAGAACGUGUUGGAUCCAAAACUAUUUUCAAAAAUAGCACAAAAACAGGCUGCGGCUGAAGUUAAAGCUUCAGGAUUGAAAAACUUAGAAUCCUGUCCUUUUUGCGAUUUUGUCAGCAUUCUAGCUCCUGAGGAAAAAAUAUUUCGAUGCCUGAGUACUGAUUGCAUGAAAGAAUCUUGCAGGCUCUGCAAAGAACCUUCUCACUUACCGUUGCUAUGUGAUGAGGUCGAAAAAGACGAAGCAGUCAAAGCAAGGACUUUUAUCGAAAACAAAAUGGCAGAAGCAUUGAUGAGGGAGUGCUGGAAAUGCAAAACCAAAUUCAUCAAGGAAGACGGUUGCAAUAAAAUGACAUGUCCUUGCGGAGCAAUGACGUGUUACAUCUGUAGAAAACCUAUCAAAAACUACCAACAUUACAACGGGCAAGGUGGCGACCAAUCCAAAUUAUGUCCUUUGUACAGCGAAAAUAUACUAAACAACGAAAAAGAAGUUUUAGAGGCGGCCAUGGAAGCCAAAAAGCAGGUGGACCCGGCGAAAUUGAAAAACGAUCCGACUGUCGCUGUUCAAAAGUUUGCUGAUAAAAUUAAACAGGCAGAGGUGAGAAUGGAACAAUACCGGCAACAGGUGGCUCACUGGCGUCCAGACGCAGGGUUCUUGGAAGGAAUGCAACGUAUCCAUGAGGGCUUUUUGAUGGGAAUGAAUCUGGGUUUGCCGAUGUUUUUUCCAUUCGAUGUUCCACUUGACGACCCAUUUCUGUUGCAAGUCUGGCGUUUGCAGAGGCAAAUGUUGUUUGGACCAAUGGAACGAGGAAACAAUAAUUAAUAAAUGUUAGAGCACAAUGGGCCAAUAUUUUUAGUUGUUAGUAAUCCUGUGCCUUUUGUGUCUAUGCAAAAUAAGAAACUAUUUUUAAUACCCUAGUGGCAAAGUGCUUUUUUUUUGUUAUCGCAUGUGAACUGAAGUAGAUACAAAAUCAUUGCAGAUUUGAUUAACAAGUCUGUCAAUUUUUGGAACACCAUUCCUGGAUUAAUUAUAAUUAAUACACCUUUAGUAGCAAUAACUGGAAUGGAAAUUUCGCUGGGGUAUUAAAAAUAGUAUAUUUUCACUCAAACCAAACUAAAUCUGUGAUGUAACUUUUUGUAGGAAUGUUUGAAUCGAGGUUUGAAUCAUCUGAAUUGGAAGUUAAUACCAUUAAUUGACCAGAUUGAUUAUCGUACCUAUAGCUACAUCUACAGUUAGUAAUGGUUUAUUGAUGCAUAUUUAUUUGUGCCUUAUAAUUGUAAGGACUGACUUUUAAAAAAAGUUUUAUUGUAAUAAAAAUGUCAUCAUUUGAUGAAGUGAACACAAAGGCUGUUUUAAAAAAUUAUAGACUGGCUAGAUUUUGUAGUAAAAUAGUUUUGUUCUUGCUGUAAAUACCUACUGCUCUGAGCAAAAUUUUAACAAGUAUUUUUUCGUUCUGACACGGUUUUACAGGUUGUUUCCUCAAUUUUUCCUGAUAAAAUUGUAUGGUAUACAGUAUUAAUAGAAUAGUUUUCCUUAUUUUAUGUUGAAAUUCGUUUUAGUACCAAGAUUUUAUUGACUAGCAAGUAGUUUAGUUUGUAGCGUUGUUUUUCCUAUAACUGAUUGAGGUAAAGUUUGAGCUGAAAGUUGUCCGUGAAAAAAAACAUUCCAACCAAAGAACUGUAUUGGGGUAAUCCUAAAAACUCCAUAUAUGUCACCUAUUAUGUGUUUUUUUUUGUGGUAAAUCUGAAGUUUGUUAGAAUAUUUUCAUGUGUUUGGUUUUAUAAUUGUCAAAGACAUUAGAUAAGGUAUAUGUAUUCAGAAAUACUUUAUCCCAAUAUGAAUUCUAUAAUGUGAUUAAAAUAUUAUGCUUAUUACUUUAAAGUGCGACAAGUGAGUGAACCUUGGUAACGUAUGAAGUAGCAGAGGGGAAGACGAAAACCUAUACUAUACGACGUGAUGGGUCCUCGAAGUGGUGCAUGGCGAAAAUUGCGGUUACCCUGACGCGACGACCCGCGUAUAUGUAUAUUUAAUCUCGGGCCUAUCAGGAGGGUUCUGCCCCCAUUCCUUCCACACAGGUUCACUCACUUGUCGCACUUUACUUAUGAAUAAUAAUGGAGGCUGUGUCCUUUAUUUUCUUAUAAUGUAACUUGUAUAUAAGAUCAGGUUUAAAGUGUAUUCUGUGAAAAAAAAUUCCUUCUUUGUGCUGUGUUGAUGAGUUCAAAAAAAUAAAUAAAAAUUUGCCCAUCAUUUAGAAAUGUAUUUAUUUCUAUAUGACGUAGUUAUUUUAGAAAUAGUAAUGGUUUCCUGUUUGUAAAUUGAAUUAAAGAAAAUAUUUUGUUACUGAAGAAAUAUAUAGAUUUUU